GCCGCUCCCCACGCGUGUCCCCAGCGAGGCGCUGAGCCCCCGGGCGCAGAGCGUGGUCAGCACGGUGCUGUUCUCCACCGGGGCGUGGGGCGGCCGUGCUGCUGUUCCGCAGGCUGCUGCGCCUGCUGCUCUCCUACCACGGCUGGAUGUUCGAGCCGCACGGGCACAUGAGCCGCAGCACCCGCCUCUGGAUCGCGCUGAUGAAGAUCGUGUCCAUCCGCAAGCCCCUCCUGUACAGCUUCCAGAGCUCCCUUCCCAAGCUGCCCGUGCCCCCCGUGAAAGCCACCAUCGCCCGGUACCUGGAGUCGGUGCGGCCGCUGCUGGACGAUGACAAGUUCGCCGAGAUGGCGGCGCUGGCCCGGGAGUUCCAGGAGCAGACGGCGCCGCGGCUGCAGCGCUACCUGCGCCUCAAGUCCUGGUGGACAACCAACUACGUGAGUGGGGGACACCCCUGGGGACACCCCGGCGACCUUGGAGCUGCUGCGUCCCCCCGGCAGCGCGGGGACGGGUUUGGGAUCUCCCGGGGCGGGAGGGGCAGAGGGGUCCGUACCCGUCACUGUCCCCCGUUCCUGUCGCUGUUUUCUGUCCCCGUCCCUGUCCCUUCGCCAUGUUUCCUGUCCUUGUCCCUGUCCCCCAUUCCUGUUCCCCACUCCUAUCCCUGUCCCCUGUCCUCGUCCCUGUCCCCUUAUCCCUGUUCCCAAUCCCUGUCCCUUCCCCCUGUCCUCGUCCCUGUCUCCUAA